AUGGUCCGAGUAGUGUAUUUUCUUCUCCUCCUCGCCUUCAUCUUCACCUCCUCACAGGCAAGUUCCAUUGUUUCACGGCCCCAACCUCUCCCAUCCUUCAACCUCUUACUCAACCCUACCAAGAAUGAGAGCUGUUCUUACACGGUGAACGUAACCACAAGCUGCUCUUCACCCAAGCGCACGACUGACCAUAUCAGUCUCUCCUUUGGCGAUGGUGAUGGCAACCAGGUUUUUGUACCGAUGCUAGAAGAUCCGUUUCCAGGAACAUUUGACCAGUGUUCAAUAGACACGUUUCUGGUAUCCGGACCGUGUACAUCCCAGAUAUGUUAUUUGUAUCUCUACAGGAUUGGCAAUGACGGUUGGAAACCAGAAUCUGUGGAGAUAGAGAAUACAAAAGAGUUCAUAAUAGUAGCAGUGUCCCACCACCAUUGGCGACAAAAUAUACAAGACUCUUCGGCCUUUAUAUCUAUUUUUUCUGCAAUUCGUCAAAGAGGAGUGGUUUUGUGGAAAAUGGUCCGAGUGGUGUAUUUUCUUCUCCUCCUCGCCGUCAUCUUCACCUCCUCAAGUGCAAGUUCCAUUGUUUCAUGGCCCCAACCUCUGUCAUCCAUUAAAGUCAACACUACCCAGAAUCUGGGUGCCUGUUCUUACACGGUGAUUAUAACCACAAGCUGCUCUUCACCCAAGUACACGUAUGACCAGAUCAGUCUGGCCUUUGGGGAUGCUUAUGGCUACCAGGUUUAUGUACCGAGGCUAGAUGAUCCGUCUUCAAGAACAUUUGAGCAAUGUUCAAUAGACACGUUUCAGUUAUCCGGACCAUGUACAUACCAGGUAUGUUACUUGUAUCUCUACCGGAGUGGCUAUGACGGUUGGAAACCAGAAUCUGUGGAGGUCUAUGGAUCUUAUUCGAAUCCUAUUACCUUCUACUACGGUGUAUUAAUACCCAGUGAUGUUUGGUAUGGGUUCGAUUACUGUAGUGGAUCAUAUCGUGCUUCGGCCUCCAAAUCAACAAUGAAGUGGGCACUGAUUUUUGUAUUUGCAAUGUUGUUUGGUAUGUAG